AUGGCGAAAGGAGGAAUUGUGGCAAGUAAAUCAAGCAUUAAAGCCCCAACUAUAAAUGAUGGGAAAUGCACCAAAAUGAAUGAAGCAAAUGAAAUAGCGACAAAAAAGAAUAUAGAUAUUGAAGAAUUACAUGAAUGUGAUAUAGAAAAAAGAGAUGAACUGGAAGAAGAGAAAUAUUCAAAAUUGUUAUCAAUAGCAUAUGCACUAAUAGCAAUAACAGCAGAUGCACCAUACUUCAUAAUCGUGUCGAUGGGUGAUUUUUUUAGGCACGCAUUUGAUGUAAAAGAUAUUUUGAUAAAUGAAUUUGCACUAAUGGAAAGUAUAGUAUUAUUAAUAGCAUGUGUGUUCUUACAUCUAAUUGGAAGUUAUAGAUUAAAAUGGAAUUUAUAUCAACCAAUAUUCUCCACUUUUUUUUUUGCAUUAAUACACCUAACAGUUCAUUUUAAAAGUGAUUAUAUUGGACACAAAAUAGUGAUAUUCAGUGUUAUCCCAUUUACAAUAAUAUCAUGUGUAAUUAAAAUGACUACUAUGAAAAUUUGCGUGCUGUUCAGAAAACAAUACUGCACAGCAUAUGUGUGCGGUUUGUCAGCAUCAGGAUUUGUCGUUUUUAUACUAUACGUGUUAGGAGCUUAUGUCUUUUUUGUAGAUGAUAUAAACAAAUUCCGUAAAAUGUUUAGUUUAUUUUGUGGAGUCUUAAUAUGUCUUUCUUUAACAUCCUUUUAUAUAUUACAAAAAAUUUAUAAAUUGUCCUUUGUUAAAAGAUUAAGAGAAAAACAUGAAGAUAAAGGAUUCGUAAUAAAUAAAAAUAUUUUAGUCGAUUCUGUUCAAUCUGUAGCAGUAGUAUGGGAAUAUCUUGCUAUUGGAUUUUUAGCAAAUUUUAUUACAUUUCAGAUGUACCCAACUAUAUUUCCAAUACAUAUUGAAGCAAGCCAAGAAAUGAAAGGUCUAUUAUCUGGAUUAUUAUUAUUUGGUGAUUCAGCAGCUCAUCUUUUAGUUCACGUUUUGAGUCCACAUUUUGUGAAAAUGAAAUUCUCUGUAUUUUUUUUUAUAAAAAUACUAAUGAUUGCUUAUUUACCCAUUUUUUUUAUCCUAAUUCUUUAUAAAAAUUCCAUUUUUUAUAACAAUUACUUUUUAAUGUUCAUUUCAUAUUCCUUUGGAUUCUUUCAUGGCAUAUUGACCAAUUCUGUAUUUAUAAAAAUACCUAGCAUAUGCAGAAAAAGAGGGAAAGAGGAGUAUAUCAAACUAGCCCCUAACAUUGUUUAUUUGGCCAUUGUUCUUGGUAUCAUGGUUGGUGUAAUCUUGUCAAAAUUCUACGUCCGCUUAUUGACCCAGCACUAG